AUGACCAUCUCGCCACUGGUUGACCAGACCAUCGCCGCCAUCGGCCCCCUCGAUGCCGCCGCGGUUGCCGCCGCCGAAGCCCGGCAGGGCGUGCUCACCAAGCCGCCCGGCAGCCUGGGACGGCUGGAAUCUCUGUCAAUCCAGUUGGCCGGCAUAUUGGGCCAGCCCAUCCCUCAGAUCACCGGCAAGGCGGUCAUCGUGGUCGCCGGCGACCACGGCGUCGCCGCCGAGGGCGUGUCCGCGUUUCCCGCCGAAGUCACGCCGCAGAUGGUCUUCAACUUCGUGGCCGGCGGCGCGGCCAUCAACGCGCUGGCCCGCCACGCCGGCGCCAAUAUCACCGUGAUCGACGCCGGCGUGGCCGUGGACCUCGACCCGCAGCCCGGCCUGACCAUCGCCAAGGUCGGUUACGGCGCCGCCAACAUCGCACGCGGCCCCGCCAUGAGCCGUGAGGACGCCGUCCGCUGCCUCGAAAUUGGCAUCAACGCCGCCAACGAGCAGGCCGACGCCGGUGCCAACCUCAUCGCCGGCGGCGACAUGGGCAUCGGCAACACCACGCCAUCGGCCGCGAUAACCGCCGCCGUCACCGGCGCCGACGUGGCCUCUGUCACUGGCCGGGGUACCGGCGUCGACGACGCCGGCCUGGAGGCCAAGAUCGCCACCAUCCGGCGCGCGCUGGAGGUCAACCAACCCGACGGCAGCGAUGGCAUGGACGUGCUCACCAAGGUGGGAGGCUUCGAGAUCGGCGUGCUGGCCGGCGUCAUGCUGGGCGCGGCCGCGCGCAACUGCGCCGUCGUCGUCGACGGGUUCAUUAGCGGAGCGGCGGCCCUGAUCGCCUGGCGGCUGUGUCCCGAUAUUGCCCAACGCUAUAUCGCCGCCCACCGCUCCGUGGAGCCGGGCCACAACGUCGGCCUACAGGCCAUGGGGCUGUCGCCGCUGCUGGAUAUGGAGAUGCGCCUCGGCGAGGGAACCGGCGCCGCCCUGGCCAUGCCCAUCGUGGAGGCGGCGGCCAAGUGCCUCGCGGAGAUGGCAACCUUCACCGAGGCUGGCGUCUCCGACGGGGACGAUUAG